ACUAUGUCUGGAGCAAACAGUGACCAUCUGCACCGGUCCACUCUCACGGUCUACACUAAUCUGAUGGAACAUUUCAACCCUGGCCUACAGAAACUGGUCACCUUAGGAAACAGCUAUGUCAAAGCAUUUCAAUCUCUUGCAGUGACCAGUGAAGCCUACUUUAGCGCUGUCGCUAAAAUGGGAGAGCAGGCUCUUCAUACAUCUUCAUCUCGCUCACUGGGUGACGUGCUGGUCCAGAUCUCUGAGACUCUGCGCAGACUGACUGCUGAAAUCGAGGGAGUGUUCCAGUGGUUCCAUAUUGAAGUGCUGCAGGCGAUGGACAAGAAUGUGAAGCUGGAUGAGGAGUACAUUGAUGGCAGCAGAAGGGUGUAUGAGCUUGAAGUGAGGAACCAGGCCGCAGCUCUGGAGAGACAGUUAAGAAGAGGAGCUUUCAGAGACUCGCUGGAGAGCAGUGAGUACAUGCAGUAUCUGAGACAGAGUAACCAUGAGAUCCUGAAAGAGGAGGAGAGACGCUACCGCUUCCUGGCAGAGAAACACUGCGGCCUCACGCAGUCCCUGCUCUUCCUCAUCAACAAGACAGGUGCCUCACUGCACCAGAAAGGUGAGGGCUGGAAAGAGAAGGUCAAUGAGAGCAGAUCAGCCAGACCACGGACCCCCACACCCCUCGACCAAGAGGCCCAGCUGAGGAGCUCUCUGACAAUGCUGCUGCAGACUGGGGAAAGAGAGGAGGAUAGAGUUGGACGAGAGCAGCAGCCUUUGGGAAGAGUGCCAUCCAGGGGUAGGAGGAAUCUCCGGCCCAGUCGUUCCCGCUCCAGCUCUGUGGGGGAGUCUCUGGGUCUGAGUGGGGGUCGGCCCAUGCGGACGCUCCUCGCCCAUCCCGCCUCCUCCAACCCUGUGCUCCUGCCCUUCUCCUGCGGCGACACCAUCACCGUGCUGCUGCCCGAGCCCCGUAACGGCUGGCUGUACGGCCGUCUGGACAGCAGCCUGCGGCAGGGCUGGUUCCCCGCUGGCUAUGUGGCUCCCCUGGAGGACUUCCUCCAGCCUUCAGGCUCUGGUGGGGCCUCUAUUCGAAGCCACAGCAUGAACAAUAUAUUUGAAACGGCUGACCACAAAACCAAUCAGAAAAGCUACAGUGAAAUCCCGCCCCCUGUCACUCCACUUCGGAGGGCAUCUGUGGACGUCCGGUCAGUCUCUCCUUUGCCUGAUAGGAGGGCCGAGUCUCAUUUUGACAGCAAACCAAACAUCAAAGGCUUUGAUGUCACACUCCCAGCCCCACCUCCUCCUCCUCCUCCUCCGCCUCCUCCCCCUAAGACACCAAUGGAGCUGAAACCUCCCGUCUCUCCACUCCCUGAGAGGAAAACGGACUCCAGCUCUGGGAGAUCUACUCCUCAUGGGACGUUACCAGAAAACCCACUCUUCCCAAGGGGCACCAACCCAUUUGCCACAGUGAAGCUUCGCCCAACCACCACCAAUGACAGAUCUGCCCCACGGAUUCAAUGAAUCUAGAAAAAACCUGCAAUGGUUAGGUGCAAUGACCCAAAGUGAGAUAAAUUUCACUUCUUUGGAAGUGAUAUGAGGAGCACCUUGUAAGUGAUGAAAUUAAAUAUUUAACAUUGCCUUUAGUAUAUGAAAUGUACGUUUAUGUAGGUGUGCUGUUGAAAGUGUUCUUAGGUCUUGAACGUUUGGUGGGUUUCUAUUUGACUGCUACUUUAAAGUAGACUUUUUGAAAAAUUUCUUUCAAAUUUCACUAACAAUGACGUUAAUGAUGCAAUUGUAAAUUGUGUGUCCUAAGAUGCCCUGGUGAUUUUUGCCCAUGUGGAGACAA